AAAAACCCCAUAUUGUAUCACACUUAAAGGGGUGCUCAUUGGCACAGACUCAUUCGGGUGUCAUCGUGAAAGGAAGCUACGGCCACGCCAGAAGUCAUGUCGUUCAUCUUCUCCUUUGAGGAUUAUUAUGAUAAUGUUACCACCCACGGCAAUCACACACCCUACAUUGUGGAUCCAGAGACGUUACCAUGUGAGAUAAAACCACUGGCUCCUACAGCAGCUUUGACCCUGUGUCUCAUCCUCAUAGCCAUCUUUCUACUGGCUAUACCAGGGAACCUGUUAGUAGGGUGGGUGAUCGGCACCAGCAGACAGGCGCUGACUCCAUCGGAUGUGUACUUGCUCCACCUAACGAUAGCAGAUGGCCUGAUGGCACUAACCAUCCCAUUCUCGGCCGUAGCAGUGGUUGAAGGAUGGAUCUUUGGAGACUUCAUGUGCAAGAUCCUCAGCCUCGUCUUCGAAGCAAACUUCUACACCAGCAUCCUCUUCCUGGCCAGUAUUAGCGUCGACCGCUAUCUUGUGAUCGUGCGCGCCAGUGAGAGUCUCCAGAGUCGUCAGAGGAUGUGCAGCCGGCUCAUGUGUGCAGCGGUGUGGGCCCUCGGUUGGGCUCUCGCCCUGCCUGCGCUCUUCAGAGACGCCACCAAGCCAGACCAGGACUCAGACAGGAUGAGUUGUAUCGAAACCUUUGACAUCGGCAGCUCCACCUCGUGGAGGAAUGCCACUCGCGGGUUCCGCCAUAUUUUUGGCUUCUUGCUCCCUCUGAUCGUCAUGGUAGGCUGCUACAGCGUCACCGUCGGGAGGCUGCUGCGCUCUCGAGGUUUCCGGAAGCAUCGGGCCAUGAAGGUGAUCAUAGCCGUGGUGAUUGUGUUUCUGCUGUGCUGGACGCCGUACCACAUCACCCUGAUUGUGGACACGAUCCUGAGGGCCAACCUGAUACCGUUUGACUGCGCUUUGCGGAGAGCAGUGAACAAGGCUUUGGUUAUAACCAACGUCCUGGCUCUGUUCCACAGCUGCAUCAACCCCUUCCUCUACGCCUUCGUGGGAGAGAAGUUCAGGAACAAAAUGAUGCAACUUCUUCAGAAGAAAGCCCAUGGCCAUCCAAGACAGGAGAGGAUGGGGUCAAAGUUCAGCAGGUCGACAUCUCAGACCUCAGAGGGCAGCGGAGUGGUUCUUUGAAACCUCAAUAGAAUUGAAAUAUGAUUCAUUUAAAUUGAUUAGUAGAAGCUGCUUUAGUGUACUUAGUGUCCCUCAUUCUCUACUUUUUAUUUGUGAUGCACUGCUGCCAUCUAUUGAAUUAACUGUUGUCUACAUCCACUAUUGAAACCUUUCAGCCUCUGAUUUGAUCAAGUCUAUGUUCAUUUUUCUCAUUAAUUUCCAUUUUCCUUGCUCAAAAGUAGACAAGCAUUUGGAGUCUGGAAAUGCUUUUAUAGUGUGUUUAACACUCCACUCUGACAGUGUUUAGUUGCUGUAACGUUUGUAUAAACUGUAAAUACUGCUGUCUUUCUCAAUAAAAAUCCAGAAAUGUUUCAA